AUGGACAGCGAGAGCUUGCAGCAGCGCGAGACCAAGGCGAAGAACCUCCUCUCGUCGAUCGUCGCGCUCGCGUUCGCCGACGUCGAUGGCGCCGACACGGACGCGGCCAUCUUCUCGGCCGAAGCGCACCAGAUCCAGGCCAUGCUCACCGAGCAACACGUCUUCCGCUUCGUCUUCGCGGGCAACGCGUACACCAAGUUCUUCAACCACUUGAUCACCAUGUCCAAGAACAGCGCCGUGUACAAGCAAGUCGCAGCGCUCGAGUACCUCGCCGUCGUCGUCGAUGGCAGCGCGGUCGAGCACCUCGAGGCGCGUGUGCCCAAGAUCCUUGACGUCGUCUUCCACGCGCUCAAGCACCAGCACUCGAGCGUGUGCGCGCCUGCGCUUCGCAUCUUUGCCGCGCUCUUGACCAACGCCGAUGAGGCCUCGACCGACGGCCGUCGUGCCAUUGUCGACUACGUUGCGCGUAUCGUGCCCGUCGUGCUCCAGCACCUCCACGACGUUCCGCUCACGGCCGAGACGACGACGUACUUUGCCGCGUCCUACGAUGCGCUUCUCGCCGGCCUUACGUACCACUCGACCACGUUCCGUUCGUUUUCGACCAAGGUCGAGCAGGCGUGCCUCCUGAUUCUCAACCCGCCCAUGGACCUCGCGCUGGCGCGCCUCGUGCUCCCGAGCGCCGCCCGCUGCCUUGGCGCCGUGGCCAACGCGACGGCCGUCGAUGCGACAAGCGCCGCGUGGACGCAGCUCGUGGAACGGUCGCUGCUCUCGUUGCACUACCAACUCGACCUCGCGAGCGGCAAGGACAACUCGAGCGAGUCGCGCAACCGACCGGCGUCGCUCAAGAACUGGGUCAAGGACACGACGUAUCCGUCGUUGCCGCUGUACCUCCAGGCGCAGCGGGUCGCCUUCAAGUUUGAAGCCCUCGGUGCAUUCCUCGAAGCGCUUUUGGCCAACGGCAGCGUGGCCGAGAAGGACGUCUCGGCCAUCGCGCCCGAGAUCCUCGCGCUCCUUCGCCGUGCAUUUGGCGUCCGCGCCGACGCGGUCGGCAAGCAGAGUGCCGUCUCGGAAGAUGGUCGUAUGCUCCCGAGCAGUGUGCUCUACGGUAUCCUGGCGUCGUUGCAGGCCCCGCUCUACCGCGUGCUCACUUCGCUUUUGCGCCGGGGUCAUCUCACCUUGUACCGGUACGCGUCGCUGCUCACCAAGGUCGUGACGCUCGCGUGUCACGGCGCCAUGCCCGCCGCGCACGACGCACUCCACACGACGCUCCAAGUCGUCGCCAAAGCUCUUGGCGCCGGCGGCUAUGCGUCGACGACAGCGUUCGUGCUGCAGUGGGUCCUCUCGUCCACCGAAGCGCUGCUCGCCCAAGCCAACGCCAAGUCGGGCCUGCAGGUGCAGUCGUCGAAAGCGCUCAACGCCAAGAAGCGCCGGCGGGACCAACUGCCGCUCGUGACCGAGAGCACGGCCACGUCGCUGCCGCUCACCGACAAGAGUCGCUUGUCAACGCAGGUCAACGCGGCGCUGACGACGCUCGCGGCGAUUUUGUACGCUGCGGGCAGCUGGGUUGCCACCGAGGACCGCGUUCGUAUCGCCAACCUCGUCGCGGCCUGCCUCGCCGAGUCGGUGCUCGCGCUCUCUCCGGACGCCGUGACGCUUCUCGGUCUCGCAAACGCAGUCGUUGUCGACGGCCACGGUCAGCGGGGCAUUGCCCUCGCACAUUGCAUGCAGGCGUGGUCGAGCCGCCGCGCCGGCGACGCCCGGUACCUCGCACUGAGCGUCGGCGAGAGCAUUCUGCAUCCGCGCGCACCGCCGAUGGCCAUCGACUUGACGCCGGCGACGACCAAUCUGCAUCGCCAGACAGGUCUCUCGACCAAGCGCCUCUCGGAGAAGCUCUCGAACGACAUGGACUGGGACGACGAGAGCGCCAAGGAUGAGGACGAGGAUGAAGCGGAGGCCGAGGCGAUGGACGACGCUGUCGAGGACGAGGAAGAGGAUGAUGUCGAUGACGAGAAGGACCCGGCAAUGAAGCGGCAAAAGGUCGACGACGAGGACGUCGCGGACGUCAACAUCGAGGAGGUCCCGGAGGAAGCCCCGGAAGACGCGACGCCCGAGGUGGAAGCGGUGCCGGUGCCGGUGGCCGACGACGAUGAAGAAUUUGACUUCCCCGAUAUCGUCGACGAAGACUAA